AUGCUCUCCAACGGGUUUUUGAAAAUUGCAAGUUCAUGUAGAUCAGUUUUCUACAGAAAAUUUUUUAUAAACCGUAAAUUGUGUUUGCGGUCUAGUUUUUACAAUUUUAGUAAUACAACGCCUUUGAGAUCAAUAGCGACCGUAUCUGUCUUAAAGGUUCCGGAUAAACCAAGGUCUAAUACAGAAAAAAGAUAUUCUGAUAAUGCUCUUACAAAUGAAACUCUGACAAAAGGUACUGAUACCGCUAAGAAACCAGCAUUUCCAAAAAUCACAGAAAAGAAAUUUCAACCAAUAUCAAGUGAGGAUUUGUUAGAAAAAUAUAUCGCAGGACUUUCCACAGAUAUUCACCUUAAAAAUAGGGUGUAUAAGAAUGAUUUGCUAAGAGUUAUAGCAAAGGUGAAGAAUUUAAAUUUUUCAACUAAAAAACAACAGUUGCUUUUGCUUCGUUGCUGUACGGAGUUGCUGCCAGAUGAAGCACCAGCCACGAGGAUGGCUAUAGCUGAAGAUAUCUGGACUACAAUUGAAAAACAUGCAGAUUUUACAGUGGAGCAUUACAAUGAAUUGCUUCGAGUAUACUUAGCAAACAAUAAAUCUAUUAUAGCAAGGUCAUUUAUCAGUAAAAUGGGAGGUGUCCAGCCAGAUAGUACUACAUAUGAUUUGCUUUUAAAAGUACUUGGAGAGGCUGGAGAUAUAAAUCAAUCAACUGAAGUCAUUUCAAACAUGAAGGCGUCAAAUAUUCCUGCUACAGAAACCAUAUUUAAUUCUCUUAUUGUUUGCCAGGGGAAAACAGGGAAUGUUAAAGCCAUUAACGAAGUACUAACAAUGAUGACGUCUCUCAAAAUGGAACGUUCAGCCGAUACUUAUGUAGCCGUUUUCCGUGCCUUAGCCUUUAAUAAGCUGCGUGAAAUGUUAUUAGAAGAACUAAACAACGCAUAUCAUGAACACAAAAUUCAUUUUGAAGAGAGGCAUAUCAUGGAGAUUGUGAAGACUGUUGCUAUAGUUGGAAUGUACGAUAUUGUUCCUAAGAUCCUCGCAUACCUCCCAGAAACAACUUUAAAAACACCAUCAAUAUCAGCUUAUAUGCAAAGCGUGGCCACCCAAUUAGUAUUCUUGAACCAUCCUGUAAUAGCUUUGGAGUUGUACAAGUGUUUGCCAUUGCCAUCUUUUGGGCCUAAAGAUGAUCAGGGACUCCACGGACGAAGUUUGGUCAGGGAUUGUGUUAAAGCUUGUAUACCAUCAAGUGUAAUAGGUCUAAUAACUCAAGAAUUAAUGGCGUCUGGCCGCAAUCCGAUAGCGCUAAAUAACGCGGCCGAAGCGGCGUUACAGCAAGGAAAAUCGCCGCUAGCUUUGGACCUGUUCACUAGAAUGAAACUAUUAGGUUUGCCAUUGAGGCCACACUAUUUUUGGCCCAUUUUAUUGCUGGCGUCCAAAACUUAUGGGGAGAAAGGUGUAAUGAAUACACUUCAAACGAUGCUAUCAUUAGAUGUAUCACCGGAUUAUGAUACAAUUAUGGAUUACGCAUUACCAUACACCAGUUUCACUUCGCCACAGAACUUGAUGAAGAAGCUUCUUGACACAGGGGUCACUGUUACAUGUGUUCUGACUCCUAUGAUGGAGACUUUAUUAAAUACUGGACAAGUUAGAGCUGCUAGUGAGCUUUGCGAGCUUUUUGAAGGUAAAAUAGAUGGAGAUAGAUUAAUAAACCCUUUAAUAAAAGGAUAUCUGAUAAGUCUAGAUCUCAAAUCCACUCUGCAUAUACUGCAGGAUUUAAAUUCGAAAGCGAGUGAUAAAAACAAGGACUGGGUGGGAAGGUUUUUGUGCAAUUUCAUAAAGAAUAGAAAGGGAAAAGGAGAUUUACGUGACUUUAUAAGUAUACUUAAGAAUUUGCGCCUUUCAAAUCUGAAGCUGUCCACUUCGGCAGCGGAAUUUUGCCUCAGUCACAUACCAGAAAAUGAAUUUAAGGAGAAAUUGCCUUACAUCCGUGAACUCCUUAUUUCUAUCACCGACGAGAAAUUUAUUGACGAAGCCGAAAUGUUUUCGCAGAAUAUACCGCAUCCUAAACAAAUGACCGAAGAAGCGUUGCGAUCGCAUCUGGUCGAGCUGGAAGCUAAAGGUAUGAAUACACGCGGCGUACUGCGCAAGCUACUGCAGGAAUAUUGCAGGACCAACAAUUUGCAGGCUGCUAAGGAGAUUGUCGAGAAAUGCAAUAAAGAGGGAGUGUUUCUCUCAGCUGGAAUGAAAGCAGCAAUCUUCGAUCUUCAUGUGAAGCUAGGAGAGUUAGAGCUAGCGGAACUCGCUCUAGCGGAUCUCAACAAGUCCGCGCCCAACUUCAUGCUGGAUGAAUACAAAGUCAUAGACUUCGCGACUCUCAUGGUGUAUCGCAAUAAGAUUGAUAAGGCUUUUGAGUUGAUUAAGGAGCAAUCCAAAAAGAGAAACGUUAUAGGCGGCAUGAAGAUAUCAAUGAACUGCUGGCGUCUACUGGACGCGGUGGCGGCUAAAGGCACAUAUGCAGACACAAAAACCAUGUACAACUUACUGUGUUCGCUUGGAUACUGCAAACCUACUAACAUCAUUAUGGGCCCAUUGAUACGUGUGCACCUUAAGGAUAAUAAUAUAGAAGAAGCAGUGAAUGAGUUUGUCCGCAUAGCGAACAACUAUGGUAAGACACCUCUGAAACACGAACUGCUCUGCAGGAUCCUAAAAAGCAACUUCAAUGACGGCUCGUCUGAGGAUCAUUUUAUGACGAACGAGAGAGCUAAUCGCAGAAUGAAUAGAUCGCUGCAGAUCCUGUUGGAAACAAACAAGAACAUACAUGGAGCCAGCGAUGUUCAUCUCACUCUUAUAGCAGCCCUAGCAGACGUGGGUCUUAAGAAAAUCCUUCGCAAAACACUUCUGGAUCCACAAGUGAAGUUCCACCCCGACGCGUUGCUACGUCGCUGCGAGCGGUUCGCCGACGAACGUAACGUGAGGGCGUUAGAAACACUGGCUGAGUGUGCUACUGACCUACGCCAUAUUGACGUCACGGAGAUUUACGAUUUAAUUCUGGAUAUCCAUCAACGCGAAGAUGCCUGCGACAAGGCACUAGAUCUAUUCAAUAAGAUGCAAGACAUCGAUAUUACGCCCUCGCAAAAAUUCGUCCGCAAUUUGCUUUCACUGUUAAAGUCGAAUAAUAAGAAAAUUCCAAGUGAACUGUCUGCGUUUAUGACCAAAGAACAAACGACAGCUCAAAAAGUGUAGACGUUUUCGUUUUUCUCGAGAAAAUACUUAUUGGAAGCUUUUUCUUGUCAUAUAGUAUCUGUAUAGUACUUUCCGUACCGUUGGUCGCUGUAUAAAGUACAACUUUUUAAGAAUUAUUUUUACAAUGUAAAACCCAAAUGUUAUAAAUUAAGAGUUCUAUUUAAUGUGUCACCAAUAAGUGCGUGUACGUGUUAAUUUGUCAAUGUGUAAAACGUAUUAUGUGUAAAUAACUGCAAAUUAAGUUAUGAUGUUUUGUAAAUAAAUUAGUAAUUUAUAUCUGUGAUACUAAAUUAUUAUUGUUGCAUUGAAAUAAAU